AAUUGUCACUAUUCACUCAAUGUCUCCAGAUUUUGUUUAUGUGAAUACGACUCACGACUCAUUUAGCCACAUCUUCUUGAUUCUCCAUUAAUCAUAUAAGGACAAGAGUUAAGAAUAAGAGAGUCUUGGUUUUUAACUAGGCACCCUAAAUUUAGCAAAAAAAAAAACUAGGCACCCUAAGGAUUAUGGUGUGUACAGAUCUUCUGAUUUUAUUGUUACACAACUUUUGACACGUUGUUCUUAUAAUCUCACUCUUCUAAACCCGAAACGUAUCUCGUCUUCAUUUUUCACGCCCUAAUAGCCUAUAUAAGUAGACACCCUCAAAAAAAUCAAACCAACAACAACCAUUAUCAUAUAAUUUAAGACUUGUAUUUAGAGAGAUAUGGAUUACUCUGGUCUUUUUGUUGAAGAUGACAACCAAGUGAAUGAAGAGAAGCCUCCAGCGCGAGUGUGUCCAAGGUGUAACUCAGACAACACCAAGUUCUGUUACUACAACAACUAUAGCGCGUCUCAACCUCGCUAUAAAUGCAGGAACUGUCGUAGAUACUGGACUCAUGGUGGGACAUUAAGGAACGUACCGAUUGGUGGAAGUGGCCGUAAAAUCAAACGUAACAGGUUAGACCAGCCUUCUUUUUCUCAGGUGAUUUCUGUUGAGAACCAACAGGUUAAUCAUCACCAACCUUUAUUACAUGAUCAAGAAACCAACGAGUUUGUUGGUUCUUCUUCUUCUUCUGCUGCUGUUGUUGGUGGGAACCAUUUCGGUUCUUUGCCUGAGUGUCAUGGUGAUAUGGUAACAAAUGUGCCUCCAUUUGGAAGUUUUCCACCAAUGGAGGCCUUACAUAUCACUGAUGUAUCACUCCAACAAGGUUAUUACGACGCUGGAUCCAGUGAUUUGAUUGGAAACCCUUUGGUAAAACAAUUAACUGGUGGAUCUGUUGUUGUGAGCUCUGAUCAAGAGGAUCCAAACAUGUGGAACCAGAGCUUCAACAACACUACAAACAUGAACCACAAUGCUAGUACGAGUGGAGGCAAGAGACAUAUAUCCAAGCACUGAUAACCUGAACGGAAGCAGAAACAAGUGCGUGUUUAGGACCCUCCUAUCAUUUGGACCUUCAGUAUCAACCGUUAUUCCCGUUUUUCUUAUUCUUAAGCUAAUAAUGUUUCAGUUUUUAUAUUUUUGUGUUGGGUUUUUUUCUUAGUUAUGAAAGUUUCAUAUUUGUGUCCAAAAAGAUCCAGACAUAAGAUGUUUGUCUGAUCUUUUUAUAUAAUUAUCUAGUCGUGAUCAUUUCGUUAAUUUGCAAUCUGUCUCGUAAGUCUUGAUAUCAUAUGCGAAUGCGUUUUAGUCAAAAACAAAACAAAAAACUUGUAAGUGAAAUGUUGACCCGAUCGUAAACUACUUUUCAGGAUCGUUAGCUAACAUGCAAAAUUUUUGUAUGUUUUACAGGCUUCACAAUCUUAAUCUUAUGGCCUUAUAUAUAUAUAUCUCUAAUAGUCCAAUAUAAAUGAAACUCAUGUAAUUUCGAUAUAAUAUAAGUGAAGCUCAUUCAUGCCACUUAGUUAGUUUUUAAAAAAUUUGGAUACUCUUGUAACUAUGAAAGACCUUUUUGGCAGAUAUAAUUUAAUUUCCUUAUACAUUUAAUUCCAGUUUUUCUUCUUUUUUCUAAUGACUUCGUAGAUAUUGAAUCAUUUACGUAUCAAUAUUCUAUAUGACUAUCAAACAAGUAAUAAAAUGAGGAUAUAAGCCUUAGAUAGAGUGUCCACGUAAGGGAAAAUAUCGGUCAAUGAGAAACUAUAUUUUUGUCAUGUCACCUUCUCUAUUUGUUUUUACAAAAUGAUCCUUUACUUUUUACUUAAACAAUUAUAACCGAAAAUAUUUUUUUAGUGAAAUAUAUUAUUUAUAUAAAUAUAAUUAUAUU